AAAAGGGAAGAAGAAAAGUCGUGGGAGAGAACGCGUCCGCAUUGGAGGACGCAGCCGGGAUAAUAAUGUUAACAGUCACCGAGCAGUUCAUAUUUCCUUUACAUCAAAGUCAAAAUCAUUCAUAAAACCCGAAUCUUCUUCCUUCUUUCUCUCUAUCUCCAUUCGUGUUUGCAUCAUUCAUUCAUCACAUAUCCCACACAAACACACAGAUACAAAGGAAUCGUCUCAAGGCUUUCUCAGAAAUGGCUGGCAGUAAUAUUCUCCAUAAGAUGAAGUUAAAGGCUGGGUUCUGUGGAUCCGCUCCUGAUAUGGGAAGAGGCAAAAGCAAGAUGUGGAAGAACAUCACACAUGGUUUUCACUGUGUGAAAGGCAAGUCUAGCCAUCCUAUGGAGGAUUAUGUAGUCUCCGAAUUCAAGAAACUUGAAGGUCAUGAAUUGGGUUUGUUUGCCAUCUUUGAUGGUCACUUGGGGCAUGAUGUGGCCAAAUACUUGCAAACUAAUCUCUUUGACAACAUUCUAAAAGAGAAGGAUUUUUGGACUGACACGGAGAAUGCUAUAAGGAAUGCAUACAGAUCGACAGAUGCCGUGAUAUUGCAGCAAUCCCUUAAGCUUGGUAAAGGCGGAUCAACGGCUGUAACGGGAAUUCUAAUUGAUGGUCAAAAGCUAGUUGUUGCUAAUGUUGGAGAUUCAAGAGCAGUGAUGUCUAAGAAUGGUGUUGCGCAUCAGCUCUCAGUCGAUCAUGAACCAAGCAAGGAGAAAAAAGAAAUAGAGAAACGAGGUGGCUUUGUAUCAAAUAUUCCAGGGGAUGUUCCACGAGUGGAUGGACAGUUAGCGGUUGCGAGAGCGUUUGGAGAUAAGAGCUUGAAGAUACAUCUGAGCUCAGAACCAGACAUAACACACCAGGCAAUUGAUGAUCACACUGAAUUCAUCCUUUUUGCCAGUGAUGGUAUUUGGAAGGUAUUAUCGAACCAAGAAGCAGUUGAUGCGAUCAAGAGUAUCAAAGACCCGCAUGCAGCCGCAAAGCAUUUGAUAGAGGAAGCCAUAUCUAAGAAGAGCAAAGAUGACAUCUCCUGUAUCGUUGUAAAGUUGCACUAGUCUCUUUCAAAGUGUUUUUUUUUUUAGUUGUCUAUAAAUUACCGUCAAGUUCAUAAGAUAGAGAUAUAUAUGCUCAAGCUGUGUCUAUAAAAAAAAAAACCCAGUAAUGUGGUUUCCCAGAAGAUGUAAUAUAUUAUGUAAGCAUGAUUUUCUUCACAAAUGAAUGAAAAAUAAGAAAUCGCGACA